AAGAGCGCGCGGCAAGGGGCACGGGCCGGUUACUUCCUCCAGCGGCGACGCGGAGCGCGGUGUAGACCCAGCCCCAGCGCGAGCGCCGCACUUGCCCGUCGGCCCCGGCCUCGCCGAGCGCCUUCACCCGCGCGCGCCGCCCGCCCCCGCCCGCCCCCGCUCGCCCUCGGCCUCGGCCUCGGCCUUCGCACAGCCGCGUCGCCCAGUGCCCGGCGCGCACCGAGGAGCCCGCGGGGCCGAAGCAGCCGCAGCCGCCGACUGCUCGCCGGCCCUGCCCGAAGCGGCGCGAUGAAUGAUUUGGGGAUUAGGAACAUGGAUCAGGUGGCCCCUGUGUCGAACAGUUACAGAGGGACACUUAAGCGCCAGCCAGCCUUUGACACUUUCGAUGGGUCCCUGUUCGCUAUUUUCCCCUCGCUAAAUGAAGAGCAAACACUUCAAGAAGUGCCAACAGGCUUGGAUUCAAUUUCUCAUGAAUCGACCAACUGUGAAUUGCCUCUUUUAACACCAUGCAGCAAGGCUGUGAUGAGUCAGGCCUUAAAAGCGACCUUCAGUGGCUUCAAAAAGGAGCAGCGCCGCCUUGGCAUUCCAAAGAAUCCCUGGCUGUGGACCGAGCAGCAGGUUUGCCAGUGGCUUCUCUGGGCUACCAAUGAGUUCAGCCUGGUGGACGUCAAUCUCCAGAGGUUUGGCAUGAAUGGCCAGGUCCUGUGUGACCUUGGCAAGGAGCGCUUUCUGGAGCUGGCACCUGACUUUGUGGGCGACAUUCUCUGGGAGCACCUGGAGCAGAUGAUCAAAGAAAACCAAGAAAAGACAGAAGAUCAUUAUGAAGGAAAUUCACACCUCAACUCAGUUCCUCAUUGGAUUAAUAGCAAUUCAUUAGGUUUUGGCAUGGAACAGAUGCCGUAUGGAAUGCAGACACAGAAUUACCCCAAAGGCAACGUUCUGGACAACUUGUGUCCGUCCUCUGCCACACCCGGUGUGCUUAGUUCUGAACAGGAGUUUUCGAUGUACCCCAAGUCACGGCUCGACACCGUCAGUGUCACCUACUGCUCCGUCAGCCAGGACUUCCCAGGAACCAACUUGAAUUUGCUCACCAACAAUUCUGGCAAGCCAGGAGACCGUGACGCCCCCGAGAACGGUGCCGACAGCUUCGAGAGUUCAGACUCGCUUCUCCAGUCCUGGAACAGCCAGUCCUCCUUGCUGGAUGUGCAACGGGUGCCUUCUUUCGAGAGCUUUGAAGAUGACUGCAGCCAGUCCCUCUGCCUCAGCAAACCGACCAUGUCAUUCAAGGACUACAUCCAAGAGAGGACCGACCCGGUGGAGCAGGGCAAGCCAGUCAUCCCUGCGGCCGUGCUGGCCGGCUUCACGGGAAGUGGACCUAUUCAGCUGUGGCAGUUCCUUUUGGAAUUACUCUCGGACAAAUCUUGCCAGUCUUUCAUCAGCUGGACCGGGGACGGAUGGGAGUUUAAGCUUGCCGACCCCGACGAGGUGGCCCGCAGGUGGGGAAAGAGGAAAAACAAGCCCAAGAUGAACUACGAGAAGCUGAGCCGGGGCUUGCGCUAUUACUACGACAAGAACAUCAUCCAUAAGACAUCAGGGAAGCGCUAUGUGUACCGCUUCGUGUGCGACCUCCAGAACCUGCUGGGGUUCACGCCCGAGGAGCUGCACACUAUCCUGGGGGUGCAGCCGGACACAGAGGACUGAGGCCCGGGUGGGACCGACCCCAGCUGGCCCUGGGCGGGACUGUGUGGGAAACCCAUCCUGCCCAGCCUCUCCAAGGGCCUUGGAAAGAAGGGAUUUAACACAUCCGGGAGAGUCGCAGAGAAGCAGUGGCCUUACUUCAUCCGAAACCGGGUUUCUUUGACGAGGCUGCCUCACUCGGCCUCGUGGUUCCUUGCUUCCAAAGUCUGCUGACAGAAAAACACUAUUUAUAAUGCCAUUAAAUUAAGAUGGCCACGCAAGACGAGCUCGGAGAACCAGCCUGGCUCAAAGCAGACCACGUGAGAGGAUUCUUGAGGCUGUUUUGGAUUUGCAAAAGAGAAAGCACAUCGUGUAGAUGCACAGCAGUUAAAAAAAUUUUUCCUUUUGCCUUUUGUAACCAGGAAUAGCAAAUAUGAAAGCAUUCUCUUUGUUGGAGAGGGGAAGGAGGGUGGGAAGGGAGCAGUUGUGCCGUUUCAGAAGGUAGUUUGUAUAUAUUAUUGUAAUCUUAUAAUUAUCAAGGUCCUUUAACAAUCCUAUUUAACAGAAAUUGUAUAUUGUAAUUUAAAAUAAUUAUAUAACUGUAUUUGAAGUGAGAAUGCAGACAUCCAGCGUUUAUUCCAUUUUUCAGUAGCACAUACACAGCAUUUUACAAAGAUUUCAUCUGCCAAGAGCAGACCAAGUUGUAAAAUGUGUAUUACUUACAUGUAAUUUGCCUACGGGAAUAAGGUCUAAGAGGGUUAAUCCCUCGGGUGUUUUUUGUGUGUUCUGUUUCGUUCUGUUUUGCCAUGGUUAUUAUCUGGCAAGGACUCUGUACAUUUGGGAGUUUUUAUAAGAAACUAUUAUUAUCUGGGGCUCAUCCAGCCUCCCUGUGGUUUCUCCUUUAAUUGUAAUGUAAAAGUUAUUAGCGAUAAAGCAGUAUUUUUCUGGACAAAUGGCAUAUGUUUUCCACGUCUGUGCAUGUCUUUAAAUCAGUUUGUACAUGGAACUUAUUUUAUUUUUUGGUUUAACCACAUUUCCCCAACUCACCUCUUCCCUGACCAGCCGUUUCCUUCCCUCGCACCACUUCCGUGCUCCAGAUUAUUCUGUAUGAUUAAAAUAAGAAUACUAUUUUUGGAACUAUGCGACUCCUUUUCAGAGAUCAGGAGGGAUUUAUGUAGCAGCUAUUUUUACUGCAAAGCAAUUCACUGGAAAAAAAUGUAAUUUGUAAGAAAGCUUUAUUUUUAUCUCAGCUCCAUGUAAAGUGAAAUACGUUGUACAGAGCUGAGGGUUUCAGGGUGAGGGAGGUGCUUAUUAAACCUUGAACAUAAAUGA